AUGCCCGAGGUUGACGGAGUUGCCUCUCCAGGCCGUCUCCUCCUCCUCUCCAACCGUCUCCCCAUCACCAUCAAGCGUUCUGAAGAUGGCAGCUACUCCUUCUCAAUGUCGUCAGGUGGUCUUGUUACUGGUCUGAGUGGCCUGAGCAAGACCACUAGCUUCCAGUGGUAUGGCUGGCCGGGCCUCGAAGUUCCCGAGAACGAAGCCGAAGACAUGACCAAGCGCUUGAAGGACGAGUACGGUGCCCAUCCCGUGUUUGUCGACGAUGAGCUCGCUGAUAGGCAUUACAAUGGUUUCUCAAAUUCCAUUCUGUGGCCCCUGUUCCACUACCAUCCCGGUGAAAUCACCUUCGACGAGUCUGCCUGGGAUGCUUACCAGGAGGUCAACCGUCUGUUUGCCAAGGCUGUCAUCAAAGACGUUCAGGAUGGUGACCUGAUUUGGGUCCAUGACUACCAUCUGAUGCUCCUCCCCCAGAUGCUCCGCGAAGAAAUCGGCAAUACCAAGAAGAAUGUUCGAAUUGGAUUCUUCCUACACACACCAUUUCCGAGCAGCGAGAUCUACCGCAUUCUCCCUGUACGUGAGCAGCUCCUCACCGGUCUCCUCGACUGUGACCUGAUCGGCUUCCACACCUAUGAUUACGCCCGCCACUUCCUGAGCAGUUGCUCGCGUAUUUUGGGGACACCAACUACACCCAAUGGUGUUGACUGGAAGGGUCGCUACGUCACUAUUGGAGCGUUCCCCAUUGGAAUCGAUCCCGAAAAGUUCGUCGAGGGCCUCCAGAAGCCUAAAGUCCAAGAGCGCAUCGCUGCGCUCAGCCGUAAAUUCGAGGGAGUCAAGCUUAUCGUCGGUGUCGAUCGUCUUGACUACAUCAAGGGAGUCCCUCAGAAGCUUCAUGCACUCGAGGUCUUCCUUACAGAACAUCCAGAGUGGAUCGGAAAGAUUGUCCUUGUGCAGGUUGCUGUGCCGUCUCGCCAGGAUGUCGAAGAGUACCAGAACCUUCGCGCUGUUGUCAACGAGCUUGUGGGCCGCAUCAACGGAAAGUUUGGCACCAUCGAGUUCAUGCCCAUUCACUUUCUCCACCAAUCUGUCUCGUUUGACGAGCUCACGGCCCUCUACGCCGUGUCAGACGUCUGUCUGGUCUCCUCCACUCGCGAUGGUAUGAACCUUGUAUCCUACGAGUACAUUGCCACUCAGCAAAAGAACCACGGUGUCAUGAUUCUCAGCGAGUUCACCGGUGCUGCGCAAUCCCUGAACGGCAGCAUCAUCGUCAACCCCUGGAACACUGAAGAGCUUGCCAAUGCGAUUCACGACGCCGUCACGAUGAGCCCCGAGCAGCGCCAGGCCAACUUCCGCAAGCUUGAACGCUAUGUCUUCAAGUAUACUUCUGCGUGGUGGGGUGCCAGCUUCGUUGCUGAGAUGAUCCGUAUAAGUAACAAUGCUUCGUCCGGCGCCUCGGGCGGUGUGGUUGGCCUGGGACAGAAGAUUCAGCACGCUGUUGAAGGUGUUGAGAAGCUCGUCGGCGGCUUAGUCAAAGGAAAGACCGAGGGUGAACAGCCAGCAGGGGCAGCAGCCGAAGCACCGGCCGAAGCACCAGCCUCGUAG